AUUUGUUAAUAAUUGUAUUGUUUUUAAUGUUUCAACGAUUUGCCAAUUUCAAUCUAUUAGAAGUCGUAAAGCAAGAAAAAAUAAUAAAUUGUCAAUCAGUAGUAAAUCAUCCAUGUGAAAUUAAAUGUUUAAUUUUUAAUGUCAUAUACCGCAAGUAUAGUAGGGAGUGACACUGAGUGAUACAUUAGGAAGGUGUCGUUUUGAGGUUGUGUCAUAACCAUAUAAAUAUAUGACAUGGCAUUCACGAUAUGGUGAAAAUUGAUUACAAAAUUGAACUGGCAAAAGAUAUAUAUAAUUUUCAAAAUAGCAAUAUAACAAACUAUUACCUUGUUCAAAGAUGCAAGAAAUAUGUAUUGCUGUAUUAUUACGCAGAUGUCAAUACAAUAUUUAUGAAAUAUAAGUGAUGUAUUGAAUAACAAAUAACAAUGUUUAAACUGGAAUCAUAUAUAACUCCAGUAAUCCUCAGUUAUGUGGAGAAAUAUGUUAAAAAUUUUAAACCAGAGCAAUCACAGGUAUCAUUGUGGGGUGGAGACGCAUCUUUUCAGAAUCUUGAUUUACGAUUGGAGGUUUUGGAGGAGCAGCUCAAUUUACCAUUCAAUUUUGUCAGUGGCCACAUCCAUGAGUUACUCAUUCAUGUCCCUUGGGUGAAAAUUACUUCAGAACCAAUAGUCGUUACAAUAAAUACAAUAGAGUGUAUUUUGAAAUUAAAGGAUGAGAAUCAGACAGAAAAUAGUACACCUUCCUUACAAAAAAAGAAACGAAGUAUGAUACAAGAAGAAGCACCUCCUGGUUACAUUAAAAGUAUUGUAACUAAGGUAGUCAAUAACAUUACAAUAAAUUGCAAUAAUUUAAUCCUAAAAUAUGUGGAGGAAGACAUUGUUCUUAGUGUCAACAUACGAUUUCUUAGUAUGCAAACAGUUAAUGACAAAUGGGAACCAACGUUCACUGAUGUGAGUAGUUAUGAAGUUAUGCUACGAAAGAUUAUUACUGUACAGGAUUUAACGCUCUGUCUAGAUAAAAUGGAUGCUUCAGGAAAGAUAGAAGUUUAUCAAGACCCUGUAUUAUACCGAUGCUCAAUGAUGAUACGUCUAAUCAUCAAUUAUCAUAGCAACACAGCUAAGCGUGCUUCCAUUACUCGAUUAGAUCUUCACUGUGAAAAGAUGGAAUUCAGUAUGACCGAACAGCAAAUACCUAUGCUACUUAGAUUAGUCGCAUUGAUACUUGCUUUACAGUCCAAGCAAUUACCAGUCAGCAAAGAAAGAUCGCUGACAUCAGUAGAAGAAAGAGAAAAUGCUUCACAAGACGAACUGGACGAAGAUGUGGGUAUGUCCUCGGAAGGUGGUACAUGGGGUGGCUGGGCAUGGGAUGUAGUCUCAUCGUUUUUACCUGUUGAUUGGGAUAAUGAUUGGUCCAGUGAACAACAGAUGGCUUAUUCAGGACACACAAUACAUCUUGGUAUUUACGUGGAUAAUGCCACUGUAACGUUUAAGACUAUCGAUAGUGUGAAAGAACAACUGUUUUAUAAGUCACGUAAAAUCAGAUACAAAUCAUUUCUUUCGCUACGAUUAACGGGUGUCGUUAUAGAUGCAUUACUACAGGGCAUUACCAUGACUACCUUUCAAGUUGGAUUAGGCAGUAUACAGCUUUAUCCAAGAGGAAUGUGUAGCUGUGGAUUUGCAGAAAUCAUAGACGGUGCCCAGCCACCACUCUAUCUAGUUGCCGGAAAACUCGAAACAAAUCAUUUGAAAGACUCCUUGUUCGAUGACGAUGCUGUGGAAAAUAAGGGUAAAAAGAGAGAAUACAAGCAAGGAAUUGAUUAUCAUUUAGCUACUGUUUCUGUGGAAAGUUUAUUAGAAAGAUGUCCAGCUCUUGUCAUGGAUUAUGUUCAUCAUAUUGAAUUACCUGAUGACAUUACGCCAGAAAGAUUAUCCGAAUUGGGAUCUAACUUUGAGUACAGCAAUUUUCAUGAACGUCGUGUAAUGAGAUACGUUAUUGGAGACUUAAUAAUAAGACUGUGUUCAGGAUUAUUUCAUCGAAUUGAAACUAUGAAAGAGGCUGCAAUGAAAUAUGAUUAUAGUCCCUACAUCAUUCCCAAACCAGAACCAACCAUAGAUGAAUUACCACCGGUAACGGUAGAAGAAUACGAUGCACUCCGCGAAAAUAUAUCUAUGGUGGAAAUGAAAGUGAUUCUAGUAAAAUGUGCACUACAAUUGCAAGCAAGUAACCAUCGUAUUACGAGUCAAAUUCGACCACGUAAAUUUAUUGAUAAUCGGACAGCACCGUUAAGUCCAGCACUUACCGAGGAUCCAGUUCUAACUGUAGAGUGGGACAAAAUGAAUGUAAACAUAGAACAACCAAUGUAUCCAUUUAGACUCAUUGCGUGUGCAUCCAAACAAACUGAUAUUUCUCCAGACAUGUUCAAUUACUGUCAUAGAACUAUCGAUGCAGAGGUACAAGGUUUAAGGUGUCAAUUACGGUUAACAAAUAAGUGUCGCACAUCAAUAGUUAUGCCUUGUAAGGCAGAAUACAGCCAGAAAAGCAUUCUAUACCCUCAAUAUUGGAGGAGUUUGGAUCUUAUCCAUGUAUCACAUUCCAUUCAGAUCGAUGCUGUAACCAUAACAGGGACCAAAGCAAAACUUAUUUGUGCCAGUUCGAUGGUGACUUCUAUUUUGAAUCCCCUAGAUAUGACAAAUCCACUUGAAUGCUCUUCUCUUCUUUCUGAUGCCUGUCGUGAGAAUAAUCCAAUUUAUCUUGAGGUAUCCAUUGAAAAUAUUAAUUUCAAAUGCAUGGCAUCUUUGGCGAUAAUUUCCAAUAUUGUAAAUAUUACGUCUGUCAAAAUCUUUGCUCUGAAUGACUCGCAACAGGCUAUCAUAAUGUCAGGACCAGAAAGUGACGAUGACAGUGAGGAAGACAGUAAAGCAUUAUUAAUGGCUAUAGUGCAAUUUUCAAGAGAUCCUGCAAAACAGAUACAUCCACCAGUUAUUUCAUUUCAAGCUGCUCAAAUAAGAGGAUCAUUGGACCCUCUUCUUUGUCAAUGGUUACAAUAUCAAGUUCCUUAUUAUAAAGUGGGUACAACACAGGCUCCACGUCUAGAGAAUCAGCAAUCUUUAGUUGAGGGUACAUCCUCAGAUACUGGUACGCGAAAAAAGAAUUUUCCAAGUUUACACGAAAGCGUCCACAGUUCAUCCGAUCAGGAAAGAAGGAAAUCAGUUCUCAUGACAGACGACUCGAAAACUGCCUCUAAACUCGAAGAAUCCCAGAAGUGUAUAGAAAAGAGCGAUGAUAUUACUACUCAAGAGAAAACAGGAAUAUUGAUCACUAUGAUCAAAUUAUAUCCGUGGUGGCGGGGACUUGUAUUAAGUGGUCAUAUUGGACAUAUAAUUCUUUAUAUUCCAACAGAGACAAUGAGUGGAAUUGGUGUACAUGGUAUAGAACAGGCGAAGGAUCGGGCUUUACAAGAAAUACCAAAUUUACAAAUUUUGGUUAUAAAAUUGCCAGUUAUUCUUGUGCAUUCGGUGAAUGUGCAGCCAGAAAUGUUGAUGCCUUAUUUGAAGGUGCUCCCAGUAAAGUUGCCAAAAGCUAUAUGGACUACGCAAACACAAAGCUUUCCAUGGACCUUGACCAUCAACGACUUUCACUGUUAUACACUUCAGAAAGAAACAUCAAUGAAUUUCAUUAAAAAAGUGUCGUUAAAUGCAACUAUUGGCCUUACAACAAAAGCUCAAACAAAUGAUACAUUACCUGCAACUAACGCAACAUCGGAAAAUAAUGUAACGGCUCUUGCCUUGUGCGUUCAUGUAGACACUUCGCCUAUAAUUAUCUCAGUAUCCGAAGAACAGGUGUCGUUCAUGAGUAAUAUUGCUCUAACGGUGUUGAAUAUAAUGCAAGUAUCACAACAUUCUCACAUCUCAUUUGUGGAAGAUACUACCACAGCUUCCACCAUUUCCACAUCUAAAGAAGAAUCUGAGCAAGAACAGAAUAAUUUGACAUUAACUGCAUGGAUACAAUGGACAAUUACAAAAGUAUCUGUGAAGUUGUAUGUGAUGGGACAGUUGACAAAUUCAUCUCUUAAAUCAGUAUUGGAAUUGGAGGAUAUUAUAACGUCACUAGAUUUACAACCAGUUUACUUCAAACUGAAGAAUAAAAUCACAACUGCUACAGUUUUUCACUACACAAGAGCACCUCAAGCUCAAAAUUGGGAUCUUGGGGACUACGGAGGUUUAGUUAUGUGCGGACGGGAGGAUACAUUAGAAAAGGGUGAAGAUUCUGGUUUCUUCAGUCUAACGCUUACAAGGGCUAAAUCUGGUAAUGUGCAUACCCGUUGGGGUGCGCAUAGACAAAACAAGGCUCAGGAUUAUGACUUCAAAUCGGACUCCAUACGCCACACAAACCGCUACAUAAGUGAAAUAGUCAUUAAAAUGCAAAUGAUGGAUAUCAUACUACCACUGAGCAUAUUAGCAAAGUAUAUGCAACUAGUCAAACCAUUUACACGUCUUAUUAAUCCUGCAACUAAAGUUGCGAUGGAUGUUCAGGAAAAAACAGUUUCAUCCCCCAUAGUCGGCGUUACCAGUUUAAGUAACGAUUCAUUGCCUUUAAUAUAUUUGGAAUUUAAAGGCUUCCGGCUCAUGCUACCAGGAUCUACGACGGCAAGAUAUGGAUUGCUUCAUGAUUUAUUAAUGAUUCAGUUGGACGGUAUUGUUAUUACACCACACGCAGAAAAUCCCAUAUGCCGAACACCACUCCGUUCAGAUAUUUAUCAGUUAGCCGCUCAGGCAAACAUACUGAAUGUGCCAGGAUCGGCUGUUGAAGAUCGACAAUAUCAAAUAAAUAUUAAGGGUGUAUGUGCUUAUACAACAAUGUGGAAAAACUAUCAAGUUAGCGUAACAAAGAGAAUGUCACAAUCGUACUUGUAUACUAUGAAUGAGAAUCCUGCACUAGAAUGGAACAAACUUGGAAACGGAAGCAGCUUAGAACCACACUUCUCUACAUUCCCUAUGAUCACAAGGUUUGACCUUUGCCUGAUAGUUGCACCAGCAACUAUAUACAAACCUGACACUAUUGUUUGUGGUAAUGCUGUGGAAGUAAAUUGCCUCACUGAUAUAGAAGUCACAAUUAACUUAGAUCAAAUCAAGCUUGGAUCUAUCCUCUUUAGCGAACUAAAAGAUACCUUAAUUGGAUAUUCAGAGGAUUAUGAAGUUGUUGAUAUACCGUCUUCGCCAGGGAAAAGUUUUCAACGAAUACAUAAUGAAUUCACAGCAAACAUAACAAAUAUUUCUCGUAUGAAGCCACUUUUUGAUGAUGCAGAUGCAGAUUUUACUAAGGACAGUGGCGUAGAUUUUGAAAUGUCUAGCGUCAAUUCCACAAUCGUCGGCUGUAAAUCCUUACCUCAUGAACAUUCUGCAUUGCCACCGUACGAAUUCUUAUUCAACUGUGGUAAAGUUACGUUCGUAUUGUAUGAAGCACAGCAAGCUCUCCCCAACACUGAAUAUCUUAUGGAUAUUAACGAGGUCGAUGAAGAUGAUAAUACCAACAUCAAACAACCAUUAUUAUAUGUAAUGAUCAAUCAACCAAAUGUUUAUGUCUCUCAACAACGUUCAAUGAAAAAAGUACAAGUUUCUUGCUUCGAUAUAGCAAUAUCACUUGGUGACGAUGACGCUCAGGAAUUGACAUCAAUUCCCAAUCCAACGGACUUCAAAAUUCAUCUGAUUGAGACAAAGAACGGCGAUCCUCAUCCUGACACUGGUAUUCCACCAUCAUUCCUUAUCGUGAAAUGCCAACAAAGUCAUGGGAAGAGUCCGGAAUUCUUUAUAAAUAUGGAACGCCCUACAAAAGUACACUGUUCUUUAUCUCGACUAAAUCAGAUUGAUUCCAUAAGAAAUAAGGUUUUAGCAUGCUUCUCGGACGUAAAUGUCGUUGUAACACCUUCAAAAGUUGCAAGUGAAGAUGAUAUUCUACCACAAAAGACAUCAAUAAAAUCCAAAAAAUAUAACGUGCCGAACAUCAAUCUGACUACAAAACAAAUUGUUCUGUCUUUGGUAACCGAUUCGGGAUCCGAAACGAUGAUCAGCUUUUCAGCACUUUCCGGAAACAUAUCUAACGCUAUCAGGCCCGAAAGAAUUUAUGGAAAUCUAGCGCUAGACUCUUUCAUAAUAUCAGUAAUAUUAGACGGAAAGAUUAAAGUUCUUUUAAACCCAUGGUGCUGUAAUAUCACAGUGUACCUGGUUUGGGAGGCAUGGCAGGAUCCUGACUCUGUUCCUCAAAUACAAAUUCAAGCAGACAGUGAUAGUAUCUAUUUCGAUUUUGGACCUGAACAAAUAAAAAUAGUUAAGACAGUUAUUGAUGAUUGUCAAAUGAUAUUACGGCAGUUUAUCCCACAAGCAGUGGAAAAUAAAAUAACUGAAAUUCAAAGUGGACGAAUGUCUGAACAGCAUUAUAAAGAUGAUUUAAAGGCUGGAGCCUUUCAAUUCAUUGAUGGAAAUGCAGACGAACUACCAUUCCCAUAUCAGGUGGUAUUCUUCACGCAUCCUCAACAAGCUAUGGCAUGGAGAUACCCACAGCCAAGGACUCUCACCAGAUUACACGUGUCCCCAGUACCAUUUAAAACAUCCAGUAACGAGGACGUCGCAAAUACCAAAGUUCCAUGUACUGUAGAGUAUUGGAGCGAAAGUCACACGUGUUAUCAACGCUAUGUCGACUUUUAUUUAUCCGAAACUGAUAGUUACCGAUUGGAUUUGCCAGACAAUUCACCAGGUCGAGCAGUAGCAUGUGUAUGGAGAGUUGUCUUAGCACCACAAGGAAAUUCUUCACUUGUAUCUGCACGAGCUCUUGCAGCCUGCUUAAGAAUCGAUUCUUACUUCAAUCCUACAAUAAUUCCAAACCUACAGGCUGCAUUGAAUAUCAGUGCUAUUCAUAUAGCUUUUUACAAUCAUAUCGAUGCCUUUCUUUACAAUGAUCUACCUAAACCAUUGCACAAUUAUACUCUGAACAGUAUGAUACCGGAAACGCAAUGCUUCAUGUCUUUGGAACAUAAGGAAGCCAUAAUUGUACUCCAUAGAUGGAGUAAUGGAGGUUUGAUGCUUGAUGUGGGUGGCACUCUGAGUAUUCGUGUAUUGGAUUAUGGACUAUUAAAUAUGCACGAGACAUUAGAUCCAUUAGAAGGAAAAGUAGAAUUAUCCAUGUCAGAAAAAAUGAAUGUUUCAGUAACAUGCAAUCCAUUUUCUCUAAGAAUAAGUCCUGCCAUUAUACAUACUCUUUCUGUUUCGGCAUAUUUAUGGGCAAGAGCGUUGAAUGAAGAUGAUAAGAACGUUGUUAUUAUGACACGUUAUGUUAUUGCCAAUGAUACUAAUAUUCCCAUUCGAUUUGGACAAACCAGUACGGAUGAUAAUAUAUUGCUGCAAAGCAGACAGUGCCAUUUUUACUCAUGGCGGCAUGUGAAUAAUCAAACUAUUCGUGUAGCUGUUGAGGACAAUGCUUGGGCAUGGAGUCAUCCGUUUUCUGUGAAAAAAGAUGGCCUGCAAAUGAUUGAAUUCAGUAAUGCUAUCAAAGACAUAACCAUUUGCGUUGACGUUACUUCAUUGUCCGCCACUCAGAAACUUAUUACUUUCUCUGGCCAACUUAUUAUCUCUAAUCAACUAAUUGAUCGAUUCGAAAUGAAACUGGUCAAACAUGAGACGGAAACUGGUAGUAAGCCAGUACCUUCAAAAGGUGUUUUUAACAUAUCGGGAAAAAGUCAGCCACCGUCUAUUGUGUUGGAAAAUAAUGCAAAUAUGGCGAUACGAUUACGAUUUUCUAGUUUAUCCAAUUUGUCAUGGACAGGAGAUAUUCCGCUACUGCCUAAUACAAAAUGGAGUCAACCUUGGCUUGUUAAAGUGCCAUUACAAGAGCGUGGACAAUUUUUAAGUAUUUGGGUACGAAUAGUAAAUCAAGUAAUUCACGGAAAAACUAAGAUUCUUGCUGUAUUGAGUCCACUUUAUAUGAUCCGUUCUCACUUGCCAGUCCCAGCAAAGGUCCAAAUGGAAACUCCGUCCCUAAAAGUUUCAUUAAGCACAACUGUUAAUGGUCGUGGAGAACGGCAGCAAUUAUAUUGUCCAGGAACAUCCGAACAUUUUCAUCAAUUGACUUUUCAAUUGGAAAGUGGAAUUUCUGCAUCAAAUCCGUAUGUGCCAUUAUCAUAUAGUUCCGUGGACCAACGUAAAUUUUUUAAAAGGCCUGAAAAUGAAGACAUUGAAGCUAUUCUAAAAGCAUUAGAUAGUCAGACUGAAGAUCAACAAUGGCCAUUUCAGGGAGAUGAUGUUUAUGAAUGGAUGCCUGCAGAACAACCGCAGACUCAUGUACAGGUGAAAUAUCAGGAUGCUGGUCUUGUUUCAAGUACACUAUUAUUGGAGUUACAGCCAUGGUGUUUUAUCCUUAAUUCGUUAGGAUGUCAUAUUUCUCUUGUCUCGGAAGAUAUAGAACUUUGUCAAAUUCCUCACUACGGGAUCGUCACACCACCAAAGUUAGAAAGUACUUUUCAUUUGGGUGUUGGAAUCGGUGAUACUUAUUACACUUCACAAGCACUUCAAUUAGCACGACCUGAUUGGAGUCAGAGUUUUUAUAUGCCCAGAAUUGGUGGUCUUAUCCCAGUUGAAGGGAACAUAAAAACAACAGUGGAUUGUGCUUCUAGUCUUUGUAUGCUGAGUAUUAAUUCAAUUAUGCAUGAGGAUAUGAGACUAAUACGAGUAACUAGUACUCAUGUUAUUGGAAAUAUCACAAGUCAAGAAUUAUGUGUUGCUACCUUAGCUGUUCAUGAAACAUCCGUUAACUUACGUCUACCAGCAGAUCUCACUCCAUACAGUGUAAAUGUCCUACCAUCUGAAGACCAGAGACAAGCAACACCAAUAGUGCAAUGGCAUACUCUAUAUGGUGAACAUAAUGCAGAACCAGUUGCCUUGUAUAUUUCAUUGAGUUUAGGUCAUCAGUGGUCUUGCCCAAUCAGGGUGGACCAAGGUAUGAGUCGAAGAUGUCUCGCGAUACCUAAUGGUUAUACGACAAUGGCAGUAGUGGUGACAACUCAGGAGGAUAAGGGCACUAUGUACAUUAUGGUUCACACAGAUAAUAAUCCACAGUUAUUAAUUUAUAAUGGUUGUCCGUUCAAAAUUCUACUGGGACAAGCUAAUCCUAAUGCAGAUGAAAUAAUAUCUGAAACUCCACAUUUCUCUUGGAUUUGCGAAGUGGAAAAUGGUGGAACUUGUCAUUAUUCUCUACCUGCAGUGGGUAGCAGAUUACCUGACACUUCGGCACCAAUUAAUACAACAAUUUUGUUGACAGCAGCCUCAAAUGAUGACGAUGAGUCAACAGACGACAAAUCACUUACAUGGUCCCGUGGGAUAAAUAUAUCAUCAACAUCCAUACCAUCUGAUCAGUAUUUGCGAAUACCCUCAUACGGUGAUGUGAAGUUGAUAAUGCACACUCGUUGCCACACUACCUAUAUAAACAUUCUACCCAUAUCACAGGUGGAAAUAUCAGCCCGAGAUAUUAGAAGCAGACUACAACAAAAUGAUGAAAAAUCUCAAAACGUGGAUAUAGUAUAUAAACGAUCACUUGCUCAUACAGAAAACGAGAAACCAUCAUUGAAUAUCCACAGUUCGCCAAGUUCCACAUCUGCAACAAGCUUUUUCUCAGCACAGGAAGAGAUAUCGGGAACAGAGUCUACAGCAUCUUCUCAAUUAAAUCUAACAUUGCGUCCAAGAGUUCAAACCACUACGUCCCAUGUGAAUGACGAUCAGCUGAAACCCAUUGCAGAAUCUGAAGAAUCUAAUUUUUUGGAAGGCUCUGUCACAGUGUUCCUUCAUGGUAUCACAGUAGUGAUAACACAAGAUGUUAAUGAGAAUGCUCAAAAAAUCGAAGUAGCGAGCUUGAAUAUUACUGACUUAUUCGUUAACGUGGAAUCGAUUUCCAACCUACGCUCCCUAUCUGUAUACAUAGGAGAUUUGCAAUUAGAUAAUCAAAUGUUCGACCAAGGAGGCUUUGACUUUCCUGUCGUUUUAAUAAGUCAAAAUCCACGUGUAAGAAAAGAGAAAUCAUUCUGUCUAAGCAAUCGUUUCAACAAUGAUAUUUACCAGAUCAAAGAGAACUCACUAAUUGCCAUUGAUUAUCUUUGGGAAAUCGACGGACGAACAAGUGCUUGUAAAGAACUUCGAACAAGAGUAUCACCUAUCAGUGCUUACAUAGAAGACACGUACAUAACGCAACUUCUAGAUUAUGCAACAUCUCUGGUACCACCUUGUUUUGUUAUGCCACUGGAUGGUGGAAAGAAAAAUCAGUAUCAUACUUCUAUGACUGUUCAUAUACCUGAUUAUAUAAUGAUAGAUGCUAAAAUCUUAAGUACUCCGUUGCGAAUUCAAAGUUUUGUAAUAGAACCAGUAUCAAUUUUAUUGAGUGUUCACACUUCCGUCCGACUCUAUGUCGCACUGGAUCACUCGCCAUUAUAUUUUGGUACCUUUGAAAGGAAGAAUCUUUUAACUACCCCGUAUCGUCUUGGAAAUGCAUUUAUAAUGCAUUAUUUGUCAGGCGCUAUAUUUGGAGCUGGGUGGGUAGUUGGUUCCUUGGAGAUUCUUGGAUCGCCAGGAGGUUUAGCACAAGCAUUAGGUUCUGGUCUAAGGGACUUCGUCUCUCUACCAUUUCAAGGAUUACUACAAGGACCUUGGGGAUUUUUAGUUGGAAUUACACAUGGAUCUGCCAGUCUUAUGAAACACGUCACCGCAGGCACAGUGAAUUCCGUUACAAAGCUGGCAUCCAGUGUAGCUAGGAAUUUGGACAGAUUAACACUGGAUGAGGAACAUCUUCAGCGACAAGAGGAAUCUCGACGAAUGCGUCCGCAAGGGAUGGCGCAAGGACUUUAUCAAGGACUCAGUGGACUAGGAAUGAGUCUUCUUGCGGCCGUAGCUGGUUUAGCUCAUCAUCCUUUGCAACAAGUAUGGUCAGGAGAAGCAACAACUAGGGGACUUGUAACAGGAGUUGGUCUUGGCUUAGUUGGAGUAGUUACAAAACCUUUAAGCGGUGCUGCUGAACUUGUCGCUCUUACUGGACAAGGAUUGUUACAAGGUGCUGGAUGGAAUUCUCUACCAUCUCCAAAACAAAGACCAGUUGUCCAAUACUCUACUGGUAGCAAUAACGCCUCUGUAAGAUACGCUUGGCGCCUCAUGCCAUUACUGUCUAAUGGUAAUGAUAGCAUCCUACACGUAGCCAGUGCUGAUCGCGUUAUUCAUCAAGGCAGCAAUCAGGCAGUAAUGUUGGUCCUGACACGACAAGCUUUACUAUUAGUGGAUGUCGUGGAAGAUAGUGUGGAGAAGAUAUUCCCACUGAGUGAAUUGACCAGCCUUGAUCAUCCGUCAGAAUCCACUAUGCUGUGCUUAUACUAUCCACCUGCAGUGACUCAACCGGUUAGACCUGUUUCACCAACAGAACACCACGAGAUGGAUCAAGAAAUGAGAGCGAGAGUGGAGGAGUUUGUACGAACGAGUAGUACUGGUCUAGGAAGUUUGCCAACGAAUAGCGACGCACAAUCUGAUACAUCCGAAAUCGCGGCUCCACAGCCGGACGACACCCUAACAUUUUACGUUUCUGCUGAUUUACGUAAUUAUUUAUUAUCUUUAAUUAAUAUAGCUAAACGUCAGAAUCAGACUAGCGGUUUUAUAGUUCUGUAACUUCACAUGAUUAUAGAUACAAAAAUCAAGGGUUAAAUGCAGGGUUAAAUUUAAGCGAAAUUUAAUGAAUGAGAUGUAGAUACGGGGAAGGAAAUUACAAUGCGAAAUAUUUCUUUUUUGAACGUUUCAAUGACCUUCGUUGAUUAUCAUUUAUCAUUUAAAUUGAAGGAUUGAUCAUCCUUUGCAUUAUUUAAUUAUUUUUCC